AUGGACAUUCCCUGCAGACUGUUACUGGGUCUCUCAGGAGGAAUAGAAUUUGAGUCUGAGAGCAAGCGAUUGCUCUAUCUAGGUUGGAAUUUGCCCUUGACAAAUAACAAGAUGAUGAGUGAUGCAAGUGACAUGUUGGCUGCAGCGCUGGAGCAGAUGGAUGGGAUUAUAGCAGGUUCUAAGGCCCUGGAAUAUUCCAAUGGGAUUUUCGAUUGCCAGUCCCCCACCUCCCCAUUCAUGGGAAGCUUGCGAGCCCUGCACCUUGUGGAAGACCUGCGCGGGUUGCUGGAGAUGAUGGAAGCAGACGAGAAGGAAGGCUUGAGGUGUCAGAUCCCGGACUCCACGGCAGAAACGCUCAUUGAGUGGCUCCAGAGUCAAAUGACGAAUGGACACCUCCCUGGGAACGGAGAUGUGUAUCAAGAAAGACUGGCCCGUUUAGAAAAUGAUAAAGAAUCCCUCGUUCUUCAGGUGAGUGUGCUGACAGACCAAGUGGAGGCUCAGGGAGAGAAGAUUCGCGAUCUGGAGUUCUGCCUUGAAGAGCACAGAGAGAAGUUGAAUGCCACAGAGGAAAUGCUGCAGCAGGAGCUUCUGAGUAGAACAUCUUUAGAAACUCAGAAGUUGGACCUGAUGGCUGAAAUAUCUAACUUAAAGUUAAAACUGACAGCUGUAGAGAAGGACAGAUUGGAUUAUGAAGAUAGGUUCAGAGACACGGAGGGCCUAAUGCAGGAGAUCAAUGAUUUGAGGUUAAGAGUCAGUGAAAUGGAAAAUGAAAGACUUCAGUAUGAGAAAAAGCUGAAAUCUACCAAGGAGGAGCUGGCAUCUCUGAAAGAACAACUGGAAGAGAAGGAAUCUGAAGUGAGAAGACUACAAGAAAAAUUGGUUUGCCAAAUGAAAGGAGAAGGGGUUGAAAUUCUUGAUCGAGAUGAAAAUUUUAAAAAGAAGCUCAAAGACAAAAAUAUUGAAGUACAAAAAAUGAAAAAGGCCGUGGAGUCUUUGAUGGCAGCAAAUGAAGAAAAGGAUCGGAAAAUAGAAGAUCUUCGACAGUGCCUGAACAGGUACAAGAAAAUGCAAGAAACAGUGGUUUUGGCUCCAGGUAAAAAAGGCCAAGAUGGCGACUUGGAAGACCUGCUUCCGUCCGGCUCCUUCUCCGCUCUGCUGGACCCGCAGGCCUUCAGUGAUCUGGAGAAAAACCUGUCGCUGACGCCAGUAAGGGGCUCUCCCAGUCAUGACCCAUUUAACACAAGUGCUCCAGAAGAGUUCAACACAAGCAUCUUGCAAGUUUCAAUGCCUUCAUUAUUGCCAGCAUCUAAAGGCUUGGAAACUUCUGAAAAAGCAAAAUUGCCUUCUAAGCCAGAGACUCCAUUUGAGGAGAGUGAUGGAAUUGGUUCUGCUGCUGAAGCUCAACUGUGUGACGGUCUUGCAACUUCAAGUUUGCAGAAAUCUAGCAGUCUGGGCAAUCUGAAGAAAGAGUCAUCGGACGGGGAGAAGGAGUCUAUUCCAAAGCCUUCAGAAGAUAAAGCUCCGGUAGAGAGCAGUCCCUUUGGGACCCUGCCUCCCAAAGUUCCAGGACAUGAUGCCUCCGGGGAUGACAAUCCCUUUGGCACUCGGAAAGCCAGAUCUUCCUUUGGUCGUGGUUUUUUUAAAAUUAAAAGUAACAAGAGGACAGCAAGCGCGCCAAACUUGGAUCGUAAACGAAGUGCCAGUGCACCCACCUUAGCUGAAACGGAAAAGGAGACACCCGAGCAUUUAGAUCUGGCUGGUGUAUCUUCUCGGCCGAAAAAUUCCCAGGGAAGUAGUCCCUUCCAGAUGUCUCCACCAUCUCCAGAUUCCAAGAAGAAAUCCCGGGGUAUUAUGAGACUCUUCGGAAAACUUAGGAGAAGUCAGUCCACUACAUUCAACCCAGAUGACAUGUCUGAGUCUGAAUUCAAAAGAGGAGGGACAAGGGCAACUGCGGGGCCCCGAUUGGGUUGGUCUCGUGAUUUGGGACAGUCUAACAGUGACUUGGAUAUGCCAUUUGCCAAGUGGACCAAGGAUCAGGUUUGCAGUUGGCUGGUGGAACAGGGUUUGGGGUCCUACCUGAAUUCUGGCAAGCACUGGAUUGCAUCUGGCCAGACACUUUUGCAGGCUUCUCAACAAGACCUAGAGAAGGAGCUUGGAAUCAAGCAUUCCCUUCAUCGAAAGAAACUCCAGCUGGCACUGCAAGCCCUGGGAUCUGAAGAAGAAACCAAUCAUGGAAAGCUGGAUUUCAACUGGGUCACUAGAUGGUUGGAUGAUAUUGGCCUCCCCCAGUACAAGACCCAGUUUGAUGAAGGACGGGUAGAUGGUCGAAUGCUUCAUUACAUGACUGUUGAUGACUUACUGUCUUUGAAGGUUGUGAGUGUGCUGCACCAUCUCAGUAUCAAAAGGGCCAUCCAGGUCCUAAGGAUCAAUAACUUUGAGCCAAACUGUCUACGGAGGCGACCCUCUGAUGAGAACAGCAUCACCCCAUCAGAAGUUCAGCAGUGGACCAAUCAUCGAGUGAUGGAGUGGCUGCGCUCUGUGGACCUGGCGGAAUAUGCCCCCAACCUCAGAGGCAGUGGUGUCCAUGGUGGGCUCAUGGUUCUAGAACCUCGUUUUAAUGUAGAAACAAUGGCUCAGUUACUGAACAUCCCACCAAGUAAGACCCUGUUGCGAAGACACCUGGCCACUCACUUCAACCUUCUGAUCGGUGCGGAGGCCCAGCGCCAAAAGCGGGACGCCAUGGAGUUACCAGAUUACGUGCUUCUAACCGCAACUGCCAAAGUGAAGCCAAAGAAGCUUACCUUCAGCAAUUUUGGGAACCUGAGAAAGAAGAAACAGGAAGAUGGGGAGGAAUAUGUUUGUCCGAUGGAGUUGGGACAGGCAUCAGGAGGGACAUCUAAGAAAGGAUUUAAGCCUGGUUUGGAUGUACACCUGUAUGAUGAGGAUGACCUGGACCGAUUAGAGCAGAUGGAAGACUCAGAAGGGACAGUGAGACAGAUAGGUGCAUUCUCUGAGGGCAUCAACAACCUGACUCACAUGUUAAAGGAAGAUGACAUGUUUAAAGAUUUCGCUGCCCGUUCCCCCAGUGCCAGCAUCACUGAUGAAGACUCAAACGUCUGA